GACACAGAGACACGGGGGGAGAGACAGAGACAAACACGGAGGGGGAGACAGAGCGGGCGGUGCUGGGAGACUUCAUAUAAGUUUGGGACUCGCGUGGAAUGCGUGCAGCGGGGACAUUUCCACUAUUUUCAGCUCCAGAAUGAGGCGAGCUCUGUGGACGAGUACCUCUGCGCUGCUGCUCUGGGCUCUGGUUCACACGGCGAGCGCGGAGGAGACGCGGAUCCCCGAAGAUAAACUCGUGGUGCUGACUGUUGCAACCAAAGAAACGGAUGGCUUCAGGCGCUUCUUGAGGUCCGCCAAGCACUUCAACUACACUGUUAAGGUGCUGGGCCGGGGAGAGAAAUGGGAAGGAGGAGACUACGUCUCUGCUCCGGGCGGGGGGCAGAAAGUACGUCUCCUCAAGCAGGCUGUGGAGGAGAUGACAGACCAAGACUCCAUCAUCCUCUUCACUGACAGCUAUGACGUGGUCUUCGCCUCAGGGCCCAGGGAGCUGCUAAAGAAGUUCUCACAGGCUGGACACAGGUUGCUCUUCUCCUCUGAGACGCUGCUCUGGCCCCACAGGCUGCUGGAGGACAAGCACCCCCAUGUCGCGGUGGGAAACCGUUUCCUCGGCUCCGGAGCAUUCAUGGGCUUCCUCCCUAGUGUGAGGAGCCUGGUGUCAGACUGGACCGGAGCUGACAGUGACAGUGACCAGCUGUACUACACCAACAUCUACAUCAACCCUGACAAAAGAAAGUCCAUAAACAUCACAUUAGACAGUAAAUGCAGACUCUUCCAGAACCUCCAUGGAGCGCUUGAUGAUGUGGUGCUGAAGUUUGAGGACAGUCGUGUGCGAGCCAGAAACGUGCUGUACGACACACUGCCUGUGCUAAUCCAUGGGAAUGGGCCCACCAAGCUCCAGAUUAACUAUCUGGGCAACUACAUCCCUAAUACGUGGACCUUUGAGACGGGCUGCACAGUGUGUGGACAGGACCUGCUGCCUCUGUCCUCUUUAAAGGUGGCUCCUCUGGUCCUCAUAGGGGUCUUCAUCGAGCAGCCCACUCCCUUUGUGAGUGUGUUCUUUGAGCGUCUGGUGAAGCUGCAGUACUCCAAGGACCGUCUCCAGCUCUUCAUCUACAACAAGGAACCUCAUCACGAGCGCCAUGUCAGUUCCUUCCUCAAGGAGCAUGGAGAUCUUUACCACAACAUCAGGUCUGUGGGACCAGACCAGGAGAUGGACGUGGCUGCAGCCCGAGACACGGCCAUAGACCUGUGCCGAAAGGACAGCACCUGUGAAUAUUUCUUCAACCUGGACAUCGAUGUGGUCCUGAAAAACGAAGACACUCUAAAGAUCCUCAUAGAACAGAAUCUCCCUGUGGUGGCCCCCAUGAUCACCAGGGUGGGCCGGCUCUGGAGUAAUUUCUGGGGAGCUCUGAGUGUGGACGGGUACUACGCUCGAUCGGAGGACUAUGUGGACAUAGUGCAGGGACGCAGACAAGGAGUGUGGAAUGUGCCCUAUGUGUCCAGCGUGUACCUGAUGAGGGGCAGUCUGCUGCGCUCAGACCUCCAGGAUUUGUCUCUGUACAGUACUCCAGGACUAGACCCUGAUAUGGCCUUCUGUCACCAGCUCCGCAGCAAGGACAUCUUCAUGUACGUGACCAACCUACAGACGUUUGGGCGUAUCCUUUCCACAGAGAACUACCAGACCAGCCACCUGCACAACGACCUGUGGCAGGUCUUCCAAAACCCUCUGGACUGGGAAGAGCGGUACCUCCACCCGAACUACAGCCGCAUUCUGAAAGACCAGAUGGAGACGCCCUGUCCAGAUGUCUACUGGUUCCCCAUCUUUUCAGAGAUCGCCUGUGACCACAUUGUCGAGGAAAUGGAGAACUUUGGGAAGUGGUCCGGAGGAGGCAACACGGACACUCGGAUCCAGGGCGGUUAUGAGAACGUGCCCACCAUUGACAUCCACAUGAACCAGAUCAACUUUCACAGGGAGUGGCAGAAGUUCCUGCUGGAGUAUGUGGCCCCAGUCACAGAGAAGAUGUACCCAGGAUACUACACCCGGGCCCAGUUUGACCUGGCCUUCGUGGUCCGGUACAAGCCUGACGAACAGCCGUCUCUGCGGCCGCACCACGAUGCCUCCACCUUCACCAUCAACAUUGCUCUCAACCACGUGGACACAGACUUCCAGGGCGGCGGAUGCAGGUUUAUCCGAUAUGACUGUGCCAUCACAUCUCCGCGUAAAGGCUGGGCUCUGAUGCACCCGGGGCGGCUCACGCACUACCACGAGGGGCUGCCCACCACCGCCGGGGUCCGAUACAUCGCAGUCUCCUUUGUGGACCCCUAACCUGGUGACCAUGCCUACAGACUGGACUAAACUCAUGGACAUGUCCUACAGGGAAACGCUAUUUAUUAUAAGCUGCUGUCAAUGCUGCAGUGGACUAGUACUGUACUUCUGAUAGGAGACUUCCAAAGACUCUGACGUCCACCACAGCAGAAAUAGGCUGACUGUAGGUUUUAAUGUGCUUCUAACUUUCUAAAGGCUGUUUACACUGUGUGGAGAUGUGACCCUCAAACAUUAAACAUGGAAAUAUUAGAAAUGCUUUUGCUUUAAAUGGACAGUAUGUAACAUUAUGGAGGUGGUAUGUGACCUGCAGAAGUCCAUGGAAAAAGAAAGUUAAAACCAUACUCUGGAACACAGUAGUAAAUUUUAUGCCAUAAUGUGGAACAUUAUAGCCAGUGGAAUAACAUUUCCAUAGAAACAAAAAGGUCAGGUUUGUAGUGAUUCAAGCCCACUCACAGUAAGGAUGUAUGAUUUUCCGUUUUUCCGUGCAAUACACACAACCUAAAUGGAAAAAAAAGCUUUCAUUUUAAUCUAUUAUUAGUUUAAAAGGUACUUUAAAAGUUGCAUACUGUUGCUUUAAACAGAUGACCAGGGCAUGACUAUGAUGCAACAAGUCAAAAUGUUUUUAUUCAUAGCUGAGAAAUGUAGAAUUUCUGAACCUUCUGAAUUAAACACAUCUCAGAGAAAACUGUUUCAUGGUAGUUAACAUCAGUGGGUGUGUUUACUUUUCAAAUCAAUUUGACCUUUUUUUUUUGCUUAAAUUAUAUGAUAAAAGAUUUUAUGCCUGUAUGUUUUAUAUUGAGUUUCACAAUUGCUGAACUGUUUUUUUUUUGCCUGGUUGAACAAAACCUUUGAAGUCAACACUCUUGUCACUGUGUUGUCAGAUCAUGUUAAUGAAUUAUUAAAGGUGCACUGUGUAAUUUUUCUGUUGGAGCCAUGUGCUUGUCUCCAUGGAGAUAUUAUUUUGCUUGGAAUGCUCCACAGUAUUUAACUUUUAACUUGUCCAUCGAUGUAGAUGAACAGAUCUCCUCCAAGACAACUAACAAAUCAGCUCUAUGGAGAGGUGAUGCCACUCACUGGAGAAAUGCAUGUUUUAAAGGCAUUUAAGACCCUAAAACACAUAAUUAAACGUAAUUAAAUAAAUGCAAGAAAUGUUUGAUGUCAUAUUGUGAAACAUUACAGGUAAAGCCAGAACACGUCCAUGGACUUACAUAAUGGACCUAUAAACAAUUCCACAUAUGC